GCAGGCAGCGCAGGUCUCCUCCAACGUCAGUACCGCCAGCGGAGCCCGUGCAGGAGGCUGCGGGGAGCGGCUCGUGGGAGUCCGCAGCUGGGAUCCGCGCCCGGACGCAGGGCGCCCGCAGUGCCCGCUGCGCCCGGGCUGGCAUGGGGAGGCCCGGCUGAGCGCCGCAUCCCACCGCCCACAGACCCGCCCGCUCUUCGGCCGCGGCUCGCGCGCGCACGGGCGAUGGCGAAGGCGACGUCCGGCGGCGCCGCGGGGCUGGGGCUGAAGCUGUUUCUGCUGCUGCCGCUGCUGGGCGAAGCCCCGCUGGGCCUGUACUUCUCAAGGGAUGCUUACUGGGAGAGACUGUAUGUGGACCAGCCAGCUGGCACACCUCUGCUCUAUGUCCAUGCCCUCCGGGAUGCCCCUGGGGAAGUGCCCAGCUUCCGCUUGGGCCAGCACCUCUAUGGUGUGUACCGCACACGGCUGCAGGAGAAUGACUGGAUCCGGAUCCGUGAGGACACUGGCCUUCUCUACCUCAACCAGAGCCUGGACCGCAGUUCCUGGGAACAGCUCAGCAUCCGCAACGGUGGCUUCCCCUUGCUCACCAUCUUCCUCCAGGUCUUCCUGGGGUCCACAACCCAGCGAGAGGGCGAAUGCCAUUGGCCAGGCUGUGCCCGUGUGUACUUCUCCUUCAUCAAUGACUCCUUCCCAGCUUGUAGCUCCCUCACAUCCCAGGAUCUCUGCAUCCCCGAGACAGGACUGUCGUUCCGAAUCAGGGAGAACAGGCCCCCUGGCACCUUCUACCAGUUUAACCUGUUGCCUGUGAAGUUCCUUUGCCCCGACAUCAGGGUGGAAUACAGGCUCUUGGAAGGGGAGAAUCUGCCCUUCCACUGCAACCGGAACAUGGAGGUGAGCACUCGCUGGGCCCUGGACCGGGAGCUUCAGGAGAAGUACGUGCUGAAGGCCGAGUGCAUUGUGAACACGAGUGCCAAGGAAGAGAAGGUGACUGUAUCCUUCCCAGUGACCGUGUAUGAUGAGGACGACUCGGCGCCCACCUUCGCCGGAGGUGUGGAUACUGCCAGCGCUGUGGUGGAGUUCAAGCGGAAGGAGGGCACUGUCGUGGCCACUCUGCAAGUGUUUGACGCAGACGUGGUGCCGGCGUCGGGGGAGCUGGUGAGACGGUACACGAGCACACUACUCUCAGGGGACUCCUGGGCCCAGCAGGCCUUCCGGGUGGAGCACACACCCAAUGAGACCGUGGCCCAGGCCAACAACAACUCCGUGCGGGCAACCAUGCACAAUUACAAGCUGGUUCUCAACCGCAGCCUCCCCAUCUCGGAGAGCAGAGUCCUGCAGCUGGCGGUCCUGGUCAACGACUCAGACUUCCAGGGGCCGGGGACGGGUGUCCUCCUCCUCCAUUUCAACGUGUCUGUGCUGCCUGUCACCCUGAGCUUACCCAGCGCCUACUCCUUCCCAGUGGCUAGAAGGGCUCGCCGUUAUGCCCAGAUCGGGAAAGUCUGUGUGGAAAACUGCCAGGAGUUCAGCGGCGUCAACAUCCAGUAUAAGCUGCAGCCCUCCAACACCAACUGCAGUGCUCUGGGCGUGGUCGCCUCCACCGAGGACACCUCAGGGACCCUAUUUGUAAAUGACGUGGAGGCCCUGCGGCAACCUGAAUGUACCGAGCUUCAGUACACGGUGGUAGCCACUGACCGACAGACCCGCAGGCAGGCCCAGGCUCCGUUGCUCGUCACGGUGGAGGGGACAUCCAUUGCUGAAGAAGUGGGCUGCCCCAGGUCCUGCGCAGUCAACAAGAGACGACCUGAGUGUGAGGAGUGUGGUGGCCUCGGCUCUCCAACAGGCAGAUGCGAGUGGCGCCAGGGAGAUGGCAAAGGGAUCACCAGGAACUUCUCCACCUGCUCCCCCAGCACCAGGACCUGCCCUGACGGCCACUGUGACUCUGUGGAGAGCCGGGAUAUCAACAUUUGCCCCCAGGACUGUCUCAGUGGCAGCAUUGUUGGGGGCCACGAGCGAGGGGAGCUCCGGGGGAUCAAAGCCGGCUAUGGCAUUUGCAACUGCUUCCCAGACGAAAAGAAGUGUUUCUGCGAGCCUGAGGACAGUCAGGGCCCAUUGUGUGGUGAGCUGUGCCGCACCGUGAUCAUACCUGCCGUCGUCCUCUUCUCCCUCAUCAUCAUCUUCGUCUUCCUGGCCACGUUCUUCAUCCACUGCUACCACAAGCACGCGCACAAGCCGCCCAUUGCUUCGGCGGAAAUGACCUUCUGCCGGCCAGCCCAGGGUUUCCCCAUCAGUUACUCCUCUUCAGGCACUCGCCGGCCUUCACUGGAUUCCAUGGAGAACCAGGUCUCUGUGGAUGCUUUCAAGAUCCCGGAGGAUCCAAAGUGGGAAUUUCCACGAAAGAACUUGGUUCUGGGCAAAACCCUGGGAGAAGGCGAGUUUGGAAAAGUCGUCAAGGCCACAGCCUUCCGUCUGAAAGGCCGGGCAGGAUACACCACAGUGGCCGUGAAGAUGCUGAAAGAAAAUGCCUCCCAGAGUGAAUUGCGAGACCUGCUUUCUGAGUUCAACCUCCUGAAGCAAGUCAACCAUCCACACGUCAUCAAGCUGUAUGGGGCCUGCAGCCAGGACGGGCCACUUCUUCUCAUUGUGGAGUAUGCCAAGUACGGCUCCCUGCGGGGUUUCCUCCGUGACAGCCGCAAGAUUGGGCCUGGCUACGUGGGCAGUGGAGGCAGCCGCAAUUCCGGUUCCCUGGACCACCCGGAUGAACGGGUACUGACCAUGGGUGACCUCAUCUCCUUCGCCUGGCAGAUCUCAAGGGGUAUGCAGUACUUGGCUGAGAUGAAGCUAGUCCAUCGAGACUUAGCUGCCAGGAACAUCUUGGUGGCUGAAGGACGGAAGAUGAAGAUUUCUGACUUUGGGCUGUCCCGAGACGUUUAUGAAGAAGAUUCCUAUGUGAAGAAAAGCAAGGGCCGGAUUCCUGUCAAAUGGAUGGCAAUCGAGUCCCUUUUUGAUCACAUCUAUACCACUCAAAGUGAUGUGUGGUCCUUCGGGGUACUGCUGUGGGAGAUUGUGACCCUGGGAGGCAACCCCUACCCUGGAAUUCCUCCUGAACGGCUCUUCAACCUUUUGAAGACGGGCCACAGGAUGGAGAGGCCGGACAACUGCAGCGAGGAAAUGUACCGCCUGAUGCUGCAGUGCUGGAAGCAGGAGCCAGACAAGAGGCCAGUGUUCGCCGAUAUCAGCAAGGAUCUGGAGAAGAUGAUGGUGAAGAGCCGAGACUACUUGGACCUGGCUGCAUCCACUCCUUCGGACUCACUGCUCUAUGAUGAUGGCCUCUCAGAGGAGGAGACGCCCCUGGUGGACUGUAACAGUGCUCCCCUCCCGCGCUCCCUCCCUUCCACAUGGAUUGAAAACAAACUCUAUGGCAUGUCAGACCCGAACUGGCCUGGAGAGAGUCCUGUACCACUCACGAGAGCCGAUGGCACUAGCACUGGGUUCCCAAGAUAUGCAAAUGAUAGUGUAUAUGCUAACUGGAUGGUUUCACCCUCAGCGGCAAAAUUAAUGGACACAUUUGAUAGUUAACAUUUCUUUGUGAACGGUAACGGACUCCCAAGGGGGGAAGAAACACACCAAGAGCAACAAGCCCACCGGCCCCUUGGCGCACACCACACUGGCCAAGACCAGCCCCAGGUGGUAGACUUGAUCAAUGUAGUUUGUUUUAGUGGCUUCCAAAGUGGUUUUACUUCCAAUAGCUCCCUCCCUCCUGGUGGUCCUUUCUCCUAGCACUCCUCCACAGGGUGGGCGCUCCGAGUCUUCUGGGGAGAUUCCCAUUCCCCUUAAUUGGGUAGCACCUCCCUUGGUCUGUGUGUUCACAUGUGUGGAGUCUGCCAUUCACAACUUGUAUGAGAAAUUGUAUCUGACUGUUUGAUUUUUCUGGUUGAUAACAAAAAAGCCUACCACACACAAAAAGGGUCUCAACAUGAAGCACACAUACAAACGACGUAAGUUGAAAAACCUGGCCAGAAUGACCUGUCCUUGUUUAGUAUGAGAGCCAGUAAGGGCUUGGGUAGUUGCUUCCAAAGCCCACCAGGGCUGGAGGGGAGAAAGGAGCCUAAAGAUGGGCCUCGGCUCAGCAUAUGACACCCUCAAUAUAGAUUUUUUGGUUUUUUUGUUUUUUUGUUUUUUUUUAAACCAUAUAGCCUUUUCUUAGGGAAAUGUUUCGUUUCUGUCAUGGUUAAACGGCUCUUAGAUUUAGCACAAUGGAGAGAAUUUGGCACUGCCCUCGCUACGUGUGAGGCAGCUGGAAAGACGGGGCCCCACAGGACGCAUCUUCCCUGUUGAGCCCUCUGCGUUAAUCUCACACGUUCAAUGCCGAGUGACCACUACCCGCUGACCAGAACAGGAUGAAGAAGAAGGGGGACUUUAGGAGUGACGUGGCCUUCGGGCCCAGAGUUGCUGACACUUAGAGGCCUUGAGCCACCAAUGCUGGCCCCCACAAAGAGUGCACCCCUCCUCUGUGCUGGGGACAGGUGGGUCUAUCUUCCUUUUAACUGGUAACUCGCGCAAAGGGAAGGACAGUUCAGCUAGUUGUGUUAGAAGCUGCCCUGGUAACGACUGAGGUGAAAGAACAGUUUUGGCUCUUAUAGAGCUCGCGUGAAAGGAUCAGCUCUUCCUGUUCGUCGUUGAUGCUGCUGUGGCACGUGUUUUGGUUUCUUCCGUUCGUUCUGUCCAUGACUCACGUGAGGUUCCUGUCUUUUCUGUACUGAUGGUUUGCAGCCACAGACACUCCACACUCCUCCAAGGCUUUAGCAAGAUGGCUCUUAGCAGUCUUGGUAGCUCUUUGGCUGUCUCUGGACUGUCACUUCCUAGGAAGAGGUCACAUUACCAAAACACUGCCUGGUCUCCAGACUUAAAGCACUGUGAUAGGACUUUUAAAUAGAUGUAGCAAAAUAUUAUAUUUUAUGGGCAUUUCACAAACAGUAAAAUUGUGACUAUUUAUGUGGGUGAGAAUGCUCCAAUAAGUAUUACCAGAUAGAGCCUUACGGAGUCUGUGUAAUAUUUGUGUACACACACAGCCAGACGAGACAGAAAGAUGAAAAAUGCUUAUUUAGGCAUAUACUUACGGCUUUAGUUUAGGCCAUUUUUUUUUUCAGAUACACUGUGAUAAGUUUUUUUUUUUAACAUAAAUAUCUCUAGUCAUGGGACCCUUUUUGCUUUUCAGAUGUGCUGAAUGAUAGUUUUCUUAAAUGCAAAAGUAAGGGUAAACGCAGAUCAUUCAACAUGCCUACACAGUAAGUGAAUUGCUACAGUAGGCUAGCUCCCAAGAGCAGAGAGCGUGAGUCUGACUAGCUAGCCCACCUGUGGGGAAUCAACACAUAAUGUGUAACCACUUGUCUGUCCUUGCGAUAUAACAGUACCCAUACUUGUCAAAGUACCCAUUCUUGUCAGCACUGUCAAGACAGAUUCUUCAUCUACAUAUACGCAGAAAUUACCACAUAAUGAAUAUUACUAUUAAGUAGCAAUCUGUCAACCAUUAAAGUUUGUAAGAUCCAUUUAAGAAAGGAUUAAACCGUACUGUGUUGAUCUUGUUUUUUUGUAAUCAAGGUGACUAAGGAAAUAA